AAUUUGAGCCAAGAAGAACAGGAUGGGCAAGAUAAAGCCAUGAGUAAGAAGUCUAAUAGUUACAUAAAAUGUUAGGAUAUGGAGGCCUGUGUAAGCGCAGGUUAGCUAUGUAUUUUGCUCUAAACUUUAACAGUCACGGUGAGAAUAGAGCCAUCUUUGAAUGCAUACAAUAUGAUUAUGUAAGAAAUGUAAGAUUUGCUAUACAUAAACCUGCUGCAGCCAGUGCUUAGCCAGUUUGCAGAAUACAGUCAUUAUUUCAGCUUUUACCGAAUUUACAUACACGGGCAACUUGAAGAUGAUAGUCUGGAAACAAAGUUAAGUAGUAUUAUUUAAGAGUAUCCAAAAGCGCUGGGGAUUUAGCUCAGUGGUAGAGCGCUUACCUAGGAAGCGCAAGGCCCUGGGUUCGGUCCCCAGCUCCGGAAAAAGAAAAAAAAAAAAAGAAAAAGAAAAAGAGUAUCCAAAAGCAUAAAAUAUUUUAAAAACAAUCUUAGCAAAUUUAUACGUUAUAAAAUUUGUACAUUGAAAAUUAUUAAUUGUUGACGUUAAUGGAGACCUAAAGAGAUGGAAGCGUUUACCUGUUCAUGGCUGAGGCAGUACUGUCAGUGUCAGGUAGCCUCCCAUGGGAGCACGGUUUCAUUUCAAUCCCAAUAGAAAUCAGACUUUAACGGAAAUAGAUGGGCAGAUUUAUUUAAAAAAAAAAAAACUGAGCUGAAGUUGUUUGAAAAGAGGGCAAAGGACUAACUACAUGGCUUCUGGCUUACUUUAAAGCUACUGUGGUUAACAGGGUAAACUUAAUGUAAAAUUAAACUAGAAAAACCUCCAGAGGAGUUUUUAAGAAAUGUCAUUGUGACUUCUUAUUGCAUCAAAAGCAUUCACAGCACUUGUGAGGCAUAAGCAGGCAGGGCUUUGUGAGUUCAAAGACAGCCAGAGCUAUAGAGACACUGUGUUUCAAAACAGCAACAAAAAAGAACCAAAAUUGAAAGAUGAAUCAGUUAACAGCUCCAGCUUCGUAUUUUUAACUGGACAGAAGAUUUGAGCAAGAGUCAGAGUGGCCCUGACAUGAGCUCAUUGCAUCAUGGAGGACUUGCAGAUCAAAUGCACCAAGGCCUGAGAGAAUAUCGGAGACUUUAUACAUAGCUGUUGAAAAUGCGAAGUGAUGAAAGGUUCAGCGAACUAUUGCCAAACAGAUUCAGAUGGUUCGGCAGGUUGGUAAGGGCCGGUAUGGAGAAGUAUGGAUGGGUAAAUGGCGUGGUGAAAAAGUGGCUGUCAAAGUGUUUUUUACCACUGAAGAAGCUAGCUGGUUUAGAGAAACAGAAAUCUACCAGACGGUGUUAAUGCGUCAUGAAAAUAUACUUGGUUUUAUAGCUGCAGACAUUAAAGGCACCGGUUCCUGGACUCAGCUGUAUUUGAUUACUGAUUACCAUGAGAAUGGGUCUCUCUAUGACUUCCUGAAAUGUGCCACCCUGGACACCAGAGCCCUACUCAAGUUAGCUUAUUCUGCUGCCUGUGGUCUGUGCCACCUCCACACAGAAAUUUAUGGCACGCAAGGCAAGCCUGCAAUUGCUCAUCGAGACCUGAAGAGCAAAAACAUCCUUAUUAAGAAAAAUGGUAGUUGCUGUAUUGCUGACCUGGGCCUAGCUGUUAAAUUCAACAGUGACACAAAUGAAGUUGACAUACCCUUGAACACCAGGGUGGGCACCAGGCGGUACAUGGCUCCAGAAGUGCUGGACGAGAGCCUGAGUAAAAACCAUUUCCAGCCCUACAUCAUGGCUGACAUCUACAGCUUUGGUUUGAUCAUUUGGGAGAUGGCCCGUCGCUGUAUUACAGGAGGAAUCGUGGAGGAAUAUCAAUUACCAUAUUACAACAUGGUGCCUAGUGACCCAUCUUAUGAAGACAUGCGUGAGGUCGUGUGUGUGAAACGCUUGCGGCCAAUCGUCUCUAACCGCUGGAACAGUGAUGAAUGUCUUCGAGCCGUUUUGAAGCUGAUGUCAGAAUGCUGGGCCCAUAAUCCAGCAUCCAGACUCACAGCUUUGAGAAUCAAGAAGACGCUCGCAAAGAUGGUUGAAUCCCAGGAUGUAAAGAUUUGACAAACAGUUUUGAGAAAGAAUUUAGACUGCAAGAAAUUCACCCAAGGAAGGGUGGAGUUAGCAUGGACUAGGAUGUCGGCUUGGUUUCCAGACUCUCUCCUCUACAUCUUCACAGGCUGCUAACAGUAAACCUUUCAGGACUCUGCAGAAUGCAGGGUUGGAGCUUCAGACAUAGGACUUCAGACAUGUUGUUCUUUGCGUAUGGACAGCUUUGUUUUAAAUGUGGGCUUUUGAUGCCUUUUUGGUUUUUAUGAAUUGCAUCAAGACUCCAAUCCUGAUAAGAAGUCUCUGGUCAAACUCUGGUUACUCACUAUCCUGUCCAUAAAGUGGUGCUUUCUGUGAAAGCCUUAAGGAAAUUAGUGAGCUCAGCAGAGAUGGAGAAAGGCAUAUUUGCCCUCUACAGAGAAAAUAUCUGUCUGUGUUCUGUCUCUGUAAACAGCCUGGACUAUGAUCUCUUUGGGAUGCUGCCUGGUUGAUGAUGGUGCAUCAUGCCUCUGAUAUGCAUACCAGACUUCCUCUGCUGCCAUGGGCUUACAAGACAAGAAUGUGAAGGUUGCACAGGACGGUAUUUGUGGCCAGUGGUUUAAAUAUGCAAUAUCUAAUCGACAUUCGCCAAUCUCAUAAAAGCCAUCUACCUUGUAACUGAAGUAACUUCUCUACCAACUUUAUUUUUAGCAUAAUAGUUGUAAAGGCCAAACUAUGUAUAAAGUGUCCAUAGACUCGAACUGUUUUCCUCCAGUCACCAUUUUGUUUUCCUUUUGGUAAUUAUUUUUGUUAUAUAAUUCCUCCUAUCCAGAAUUGGCGCUCACUGUCUUGAACCAUACUUUGAAAGAAAUGCCUCUUCCUGGAGUCUGCCUUACUGCAUCUGAUCACCAUGUGCAUACCUCUGAUCAAAUUCUGGAGUCUUUGUUCUCGGUACCUCUUAAAAAGGGAAAUUGUGUAUCAUGUGUAGUGUGCUUUUAUUUUCAAAAUCUUCAUAGCCUUUAUUCUAGCCAUUUUUACCUACAUACUCAUUCUGUACAAAACAGCUCACUCGGGUCUCACGGCUGAUCCUCAGUGGAAAUGAUUUAAAGUAGAGCUGUGUACGAAUUUCAGAAUUCAUGUAUUUAAAAACUUCACACUAACACUUUACUAAGAUAUUGUCUCAUAUCUUUUAUGAGGAUGUCAGCUGAUUUUUCAAUGACUAUAAAUGUAUCUUAGCUAUCUAAAUCUUUUGAAAUUUGGUUUUAUAAUUUCUGGUCCCUAACUUGUGAAGACAAAGAGGCAGAAGUACCCAGUCUACCCACAUUUACACUGAACAUUAUUAAAUAAAAAAAUGUAUAUUUUAUAGAGGCCUUGUUAUCUCAAAGAACAGUUCUGGUUAAAACUUAUUAUACCAAUAUCAUACUAUUGAGAUGUUUAUUCUAAGCAAACAAGCCAUGUGACAUUGUUUCUUUGGAUAAAACAAACUAAAGAUGGUUAUAUCAAAACAUAGAUCGAUUUAAAUUAAAUGGGAGGCAGGUAGGGCAUGUGUCCAUCUGUCCAUCUACAGACAUGACUAAACUUAGUAAAGUACCUCAGAUCAUAUUCCACAAAUUUGUUUUCCUGUUUUGUUUAAUGAGUCUCAUCUACUGUUCCUCAGCCCUGAGAACACUGAGGUCUGAUUUUACAUGUUUAAAUUGUGUGUGGAGGCCACUGUAAUGACUCUUGUCUACUUAGCGUGCUCUAAGGAAAGGCCAUCAGGAGUUAAUUGUAAGGCAGGCAGCAAGUGCUCCAGUCAUUGCCUUCCCACACUGCCAUCACUGCGCUUACGCAAAUGGCAAAUGCUGCUGUCUUUCCUUAUUUGGCUUCCCAAAAUCGAAAGUUUCAUUAAAUUUACUGUGUUCUCCUCCCCCUCUUACUCUUAAAUUUAAAAUUCAGUAAGUGAAAUAUUUAAGAGUGCAUCAGACCUUUGGCCAGUGAGAAAAUGCUCAGUAGGUAAAGACACUUGCUGCCAAGCCUGCGAGCCUCAGUUCAGACUGCGGACACAGUGACGGGAGGGCGCCAACUACCGUCCAGUUAUCCUCUGACUUCCACACACUCCAUGGCAUGCCCGCUCCCCGAAACACACACCAUUCACUCCACAUUCUCAAAAGUAAUUUAAGGAAAAAAAAAAUAGAACCCUCUGUGUUAAUGUAUUAAGUAUUAUGUAGUUACUUAAUUAACAACUUGUAAAUAUCUGGAAACUAUGAUUUGGUCCCUCUUUGAAUCUAGAGUUUAAAAAACACAUGGCUAAAGUCAGCCAUCCUUUAAUAUUUAAUUAUUUAAAGGAUGGCUGAUUUUAGCCAUGUGUUUUUUAAAUAUAAAAGCCCCAAACCCCAAACUGCUUAAAUAUAUACCAAGUAAUCCAGGAAGACAUCAUACGUGGUUUGUAUGACCAGUAGUUCUCUAGUACAGAGCAUGUUAAGAUUUGCCCCAGCCUGAUUCUGUGAGGUUUCUACAGCACUCAGUAAUGUUCUGAGUAUAAAGUCUGAACUGAUUACUCUGGAAAUAUUCUAACAAAAGAUAUUUUAGUCAGAGAGCUAUGUUCCCCUUCCAGUGUCUAGAACCUUUUCUAAGCCUGUAAGUCACCUUUUGCUGUCAUCAGCUGUUGUCCUGGAGUGUGCCAGUUUUCAUUUAUUCAUCCUAAUAAUAGUCAAUGUGUUCUUCUUUUUAGAUGUUUUUCUUGUUUAGAAUAAAAGGAAUAAUUUUUCAAGAACCAUACAUCUCUGAUUUGGCCUAAGGUCAAAUUGGAUAUUGGGUACUCUACUCCAGGGCAGAUUUCAAAAGUGAUACACUUGUCUUUUCAGAUCUGUAUUGUUUUGAAAUGUUUCCAAAGGCCUAAGAUAAUUUCAACAGAAGUGUCACUCGUGAAAAGAAACGUGGUGUAGCCCUUGUGGUAAUAACACAAAUUGACUUGAGUCAGAGGUUAAGACAGUUACAGUUAUCUCGCCUCCGGGCUGGAAGAGGCAUGAAAACAGGGCAAGCAGAACCUGAUUCUCUGGGGUCCUGUAUGAACCCACAGGGCAUGGGAAGGAUCGUUCCAUAAAGAAAGCCUGUAUGGACGGCUUUUGCAAAGAGUUAGAUGUAAUACUGUAAUUUUAGGUUCUGCUCUGUACUUCCUUUCAGUGGAAUUAUUUAAGCUCUUUAGUGACCUUUGUUUUUCCCACUUAAAAACUAAAAUGUAGCAUAUGUUGUAUAAAAUGAAAAUAUUAAUGACUUAGGGAGAUUGUACAUAAGGCAUUGACAGGUUAAAAAAAAGCAUUUUUAUUAUGCAAUUGUAAAACACCAAAAAUAUAGAUUCAUCUUUGAUAUGUAACACACUAAAUGUAUUUUGUACAGCAUCUGAUUUAAAAGGUGCCUUAUUAAGUUUACCAUUAAUUGCUUUGUUCUAUAUACAGAUUAUGUCCAAUGUAUCAUUUUUCAGUAAAUAACCUUAUUUUAGUAUACUUCA